AUGAUGGGAAACUACGGGAUCACAUUUGCUGCAAUUGGGGGAGUGUACAUUGGUGUUGAGCAGAUCGUGCAGAAUUACAGGAUGAAAAGAGACUUUAUCAAUGGAGCUGUUGGUGGUUUUGUUGCUGGGUCGACUAUUCUUGGUUACAAAGGAAAGAGCAUUUCAACUGCAAUUUCUGCUGGGGCAGCCUUAGCGGUCACUUCUUCACUCAUUGAUGCUGGAGGCCAGACAACAAGAAUCGAUAACGGCAAGGAGUACUAUCCUUACACCACCAAGAAAAGAUCCACUGCCGAUUCAUAA